AUGACAUUCAGCGACCCCCAGGUUGAGAACCCCUGCUCUAUGCCGCGUGACACAACCACCGCUACCACUACACAUCAGCAGCCGCAUAACACAACCACCGCUACCACUACACAUCAGCAGCCGCAUAACACAACCACCGCUACCACUACACAUCAGCAGCCGCAUAACACAACCACCGCUACCACUACACAUCAGCAGCCGCAUAACACAACCACUACACAUCAGCAGCCUACCGGUACACAGGACCGGGACAGCGAGUUGACAGCUAUUGCCCGCAAUAAACAAUCACCACGGCAACCUCAUAUCACAGCCACUACUACCACUACACAUCAGCAGCCUACCGGUACACAGGACCGGGACAGCGAGUUGACAGCUAUUGCCCGCAAUAAACAAUCACCACGGCAACCUCAUAUCACAGCCACUACUACCACUACACAUCAGCAGCCUACCGGUACACAGGACCGGGACAGCGAGUUGACAGCUAUUGCCCGCAAUAGACAAUCCACGGCAACCUUAUGUCAAAGCCACUACUACCACUACACAUCAGCAGCCUACCGGUACACAGGACCGGGACAGCGACCUACCGGUACACAGGACCGGGACAGCGAGUUGACAGCUAUUGCCCGCAAUAAACAAUCACCACGGCAACCUCAUGUCAAAGCCACUACUACCACUACACAUCAGCAGCCUACCGGUACACAGGACCGGGACAGCGAGUUGACAGCUAUUGCCCGCAAUAAACAAUCACCACGGCAACCUCAUAUCACAGCCACUACUACCACUACACAUCAGCAGCCUACCGGUACACAGGACCGGGACAGCGAGUUGACAGGUAUUGCCCGCAAUAAACAAUCACCACGGCAACCUCAUGUCACAGCCACUACUACCACUACACAUCAGCAGCCUACCGGUACACAGGACCGGGACAGCGAGUUGACAGGUAUUGCCCGCAAUAAACAAUCACCACGGGAACCUCAUGUCACAGCCACUACUACCACUACACAUCAGCAGCCUACCGGUACACAGGACCGGGACAGCGAGUUGACAGCUAUUGCCCGCAAUAAACAAUCACCACGGCAACCUCAUGUCAAAGCCACUACUACCACUACACAUCAGCAGCCUACCGGUACAAAGGACCGGGACAGCGAGUUGACAGCUACUACCCGCAAUAAACAAUCACCACGGCAACCUCAUGUCACAGCCACUACUACCACUACACAUGAGCAGCCUACCGGUACACAGGACCGGGACAGCGAGUUGACAGCUACUACCCGCAAUAAACAAUCACCACGGCAACCUCAUGUCACAGCCACUACUACCACUACACAUCAGCAGCCUACCGGUACACAGGACCGGGACAGCGAGUUGACAGCUAUUGCCCGCAAUAGACAAUCCACGGCAACCUUAUGUCAAAGCCACUACUACCACACUACACAUCAGCAGCCUACCGGUACACAGGACCGGGACAGCGAGUUGACAGCUAUUGCCCGCAAUAAACAAUCACCACGGCAACCUCAUAUCACAGCCACUACUACCACUACACAUCAGCAGCCUACCGGUACACAGGACCGGGACAGCGAGUUGACAGCUAUUGCCCGCAAUAAACAAUCACCACGGCAACCUCAUGUCAAAGCCACUACUACCACUACACAUCAGCAGCCUACCGGUACACAGGACCGGGACAGCGAGUUGACAGCUAUUGCCCGCAAUAAACAAUCACCACGGCAACCUCAUAUCACAGCCACUACUACCACUACACAUCAGCAGCCUACCGGUACACAGGACCGGGACAGCGAGUUGACAGCUAUUGCCCGCAAUAAACAAUCACCACGGCAACCUCAUGUCACAGCCACUACUACCACUACACAUCAGCAGCCUACCGGUACACAGGACCGGGACAGCGAGUUGACAGGUAUUGCCCGCAAUAAACAAUCGCCACGGGCAACCUCAUGUCACAGCCACUACUACCACUACACAUCAGCAGCCUACCGGUACACAGGACCGGGACAGCGAGUUGACAGCUAUUGCCCGCAAUAA